CGCUAAAACCCAAACCUCCCAAAACCCCAGGUACCUCUGCUCCCAAAUGCCACAUCCCAAAUCUAAAGCACUCAGCUCACUCUUCCGCUCCGCCGUCAAAGCCCGCUCCAAACCCUCCUCCUCACCCGCAGACGACGCAACUCUAAAGCACUUCGUCUCUUCUCUCGACACCUCCUCCUCCGAAUUCCCCAAAAUAUCACCCAAGACGAGCAUCUCCUUGGGCAUUGGCUCUGAAACGACGUCGCAUCCAGAGGAUUCGACGAAGCAGCUGUCUCAGACGUUGUCGUCAAUAUUGUGCGGUGGUUCACCUGAUUCACAACUGACUAAUGAUGAAAAACCUCUGGAAAAGGUACUGGAUGUACCAUGGUUUCCGACUUUGUCACACAACAAUAUAUCACUACGCCGGAAAGAAGUAUCGCGUGAAAGGAAGCAAAAAUGGGUUUUCAAGAAUACCCAGGGUGGUCGUCUUGAUCGGUUAGUUAAGACGUGUGCACAGAAACUAGGUACAGAAGCUACUAUUCAGGUAUUUGGUAAAUUGGGACGAGAAACAGGUGUGAAGGAAUACAAGGCAUUAUUAGGAAUUUGCAUAGAGAAGGCUAGAACAAGUGAUGAUGAAGAAGCUUCAUUAGAACAGAUCUACAAGGCUUUUCAACUUUUUGAAGAAAUGAAAGAACAGGGUUUUCAGAUAGAAGAGGAAACCUAUGGUCCAUUUUUUAUGUAUUUAAUUGAUAUGGGUAUGAUAGAAGAAUUCCAUUUUUUCCGUGGAGUUAUUACAGACAAGAAUUCUAGAUCACUUUCAAGGUUAGGUUAUUAUGAGAUGCUGCUCUGGGUAAGAGUUAAUAAUGAAGAAAAGAUUCAGGAGCUCUGUAAUGGCAUUGCAGCUGAUGAUGGUGCAGACAAACCCGAUUUAACAGAAAAUUAUGUCUUAGCACUUUGUGAAAGUGGCCGGAAGGAGGAGCUUUUGAAAGUGUUAGAAAUUAUAGACAUAACGAAAGUUUCAUCAGUGGACUAUGUGGCAAGUAUCUUUAAAUCUUUGGGGAGGCUGUCUCUGGCGUCCUUUAUGGAGAAGUUUGUUUCGGCAUUCAAAGCUUGCGAUUAUGGAGCAGAAGAGAUCUCAGAUUUCAUCUUUUAUUAUGCUAGUAAUAUGCCAAAUUUAGCGGUUGAAGAUGUUAUUUUAAAAUUCAAAGACUUGCAUGCGCAACUGGUUGUGACACCUUCAUCCACAUCAUAUAAUAAGCUUGUUACAUAUUGUUGCGAUUCCUUCAAGGUGCAUGCAGCUCUUGAUAUAGUUGACCAAAUGUGUGAAGCAGGUUUAACCUUAUCAAUAGAGAUGUUCCAUUCUAUACUACGUGCAAGUGAGGAGAACUUUGAGUUUAACUUGGUCCAUCGAAUCUAUUCAGUGAUCUGUCAUCAGAGCUUGGAACCAAAUUGUGAAACCUUCAGAAUCAUGAUAAAUUUGCAUGUGAAAAUGAAAGAUUUUGAUGGUGCAUAUGACCUUCUCAAAGAUAUGAAGAAAAUAAAUUUGACACCUACAGCUGGCAUUUACAAUGCAAUAAUGGGCGGGUACUUUCGGGAGAAAAACAUUUAUGGCGGUUUAAUGGUCCUGAAGCAAAUGGGAGAUGCAGAUGUAAAACCAGAUUCUCAGACCUUCUGCUAUCUACUAAACAACUGUGAAUGUGAGGAGGAUAUUAUUAAGUAUUAUGAAAAAUUGAAGUGUGCUGGAGUUCAAGUGACGAAGCAUGUUUUCAUGGCACUUAUAAAUGCAUAUGCAAGUUGUGGACAGUUUGAGAAGGCAAAACAGGUAGUCUUGGAUAAAGGAGUGCCAAUUAAGAGCUUGAAUGAAAUUAAAAGUGUGCUUGUCUCAGCUCUUGCAUUACAUGGGCAAAUCUCUGAUGCCUUUGACAUAUAUGAAGAAAUAAAAAAUUCUGGAUUCAAUCUUGAGCCUAAAGCCAUUAUACUUCUUAUUGAAUACCACCAAUCUGAAGGAGACUUGACUAGAUUGCUUCAGCUACUUGAGGAAUUGAAUGAUCCUGAUUAUCGUGUUGAGGGUAGCUGCAGGAUCCUUUUAUAUUGUGUUAGAUACAACCAUUUGAGUUCUGCCAUUGAUUUACUCAAGCAACUCAAGGACACAUUCCAUGAUAAUGAAUUGGCUAUGGAAGCAAUUCUUGAUGAGGUAUUUUCCCUAAUUGCGGAGAUAGAGCCUGUGAAUUUGAAGAUUGGCCUGGAUUUACUUACUGCCAUAAAGGAAGAGCUUGGCCUUAGGCCUUCACGAAAAAGUCUUGAUUUUCUCCUUGCUGCUUGUGUUAAUGGUAAAGAUUUGGAUAAUUCUCGUUUGAUUUGGAGAGAGUAUCAGACUGCUGGCUUUACUCACAAUGUUUUAAGUUUCUUAAGAAUGUAUCAGGCCUGUUUGGCUUGUGGAGACCACAAGUCUGCUGCAAACAUACUACAUAAAAUACCAAAAGAUGAUCCCCAUGUUUGCUGUGUCAUCAAGGCAUGUCAAACAACUUAUGCGAAGUCCUCUGUAAAGGGCAAGAAGAAGAAGGAGGGGGAUGCUUCAAAUGAUCUGAAGAUUUGAGAAGGAAGGAGUGAGUUGAACACUCUCCAACAUUUGUUCCUGCAAUAAGAAAUCCAUGUCAUUAAGGGUCCUCUAUUGGAUCCUUUUUCUUAUUCAGCAUACUGUAAGAGAAUUAAGAGAUCCUCUUUUUGUAUGUAUGAAUGGGCUGUUCUUUCUUAAUUAAAUAACAUUUGUGUACUUUCAUCAA